AUGUCUCACUUGAAGUACUAUGCCUAUGAGGGCCAGGGUGUGGAAAAGAGAGAAAAGUUUUCCUACAAUCAAGCCGUGCGUGUCGGAGACAGGAUCGAGUGCUCAGGUCAAGGCGGAUGGGAUCCGAAGACCAGUGUAUUUGAGAAGGAAAUAAAUGCUCAGAUCGAUCUCGCCUUCGCCAACGUCGAGCUAUGCCUGCAGGAUGCGGGCGGUAAGGGCUGGUCGCAAGUUUAUCGCGUCAACUCCUACCAUGUGCCAAUCAACAACGAGGCGCUGGCCGCAAUGGUGCGAAACUUCAAGAAAUACAUGCCGGAUCACCAGCCUCUAUGGACCUGCGUCGGAGUCACCCGCCUGGGAGAAGACGACAUGCGUGUGGAGAUUGAAGUUGUGGCACACGACCCCGAAGGGGCAAAGAAAGCGUAG